CUCCCGACAUGCCUGGCGGCUGACAGCCGCGGUCCCUUGCGGUUAGAGCCCUAAAACUACCAUUCCCAGGGUGCUCCACGCUCCGCCUGCUCCUUGCGUGAGCCAGUGAGGCGGCUCGCUUCACGCGCACGGUCUCCUUCCAAACUUUCUCCCUCGGCGCAGGCGGUAACUCCGGGCCUGGCCGGGGAUGGAGGCGGCGGCCAACUGCUCCCUGCGCGUGAAGCGACUGCUCUUGGACCCCAAGUUCGAGGGCUACAAGCUCUCCCUGGAGCCGCUGGCCUGCUACCAGCUGGGGCUGGACUCGGCUGUAGCAGAAGUGAAACUUCGAGAUGAUCAGUAUACCCUGGACCACAUGCGUGCCUUUGGCAUGUAUAAUUACCUACAUCUUGAUUCUUGGUACCAGGAUAAUAUCUACUAUGUUGAUCAACUUGGAAGGGUUAUGAAUUUAUCAGUGACUCUGGACGCUGCCCUUCGAAAGCCCAGAGAAGUAUUCAGGCUACCUUCAGACUUAACAGCUUGUGAUAAUCGCCUUUGUGCAUCAAUACAUUUUUCAUCUUCUACCUGGGUUACCAUUUCAGAUGGAACAGGAAGUUUGUAUCUUAUUAAAACGGGCAAACGUGGAGAUGCUGCAUCUGAAAAGUGGGAAAUUAUGUUUAAUGAAGAACUUGGGAGUCCCUUUGUUAUAGCCCACAGUGUUUGCUUUGUAAAGUCAGAUGUGCAUUCAGUAGCUGGGCUUCUGCUUCGAGUAGAAAAAGAUGAACUGGAUGCAAAAGGAAGUGGCUUCCAUGUGUCCUUGGAAUGGGUUACAAUCACAGAAGUAGACAAAGAGGAUAAUCAAAGAUAUGAAAUCUUCAAGCGCAGAAUUCUUCAAGGAAAGUCAGUCCCCCAUUAUGCAGCUAUCGAGCCAGAUGGGGAUGGUCUAAUGAUUGUCUCCUACAAACCAUUCAGAUUUAUGCAGGAUGAGGAGAAUCAGCUUGAAAAAAAGGAAGAUGGGAAAAUAGCAGAUAAAAAGAAAGACCCUGUCUAUUACUGGCAACAGACUGAAGAUGAUUUGACAGUAACAAUUCAUCUUCCACAAGACAUCACUAAAGAUGACAUACAAGUACAGUUUUCUCCUGAUCAUAUCAUUGUAGCAUUGAAAAGUCAGCCUCCUUUGGUGGAAGGAAAACUCUGUUCAUCUAUUGACCAUGAAAGCUGCACGUGGAUAAUUAGAGAUAAUAGUUUGGAGAUUUCUCUAAUUAAGAAAGAUGAAGGACCCAUGUGGCCAGAGCUUAUAGUAGGUGACACACGAGGAGAAUUCAUCAUGGACUCUUCCCAGUGUUCUGCAGUAGCUGAACGUCUGAUGCAUCUUACCUCCGAAGAAAUGAAUCCAAACCCUGACAAAGAAAACCCUCCUUGUAAUGCACAGGAAUUGGAGGAAUGUGAUAUUUUUCUUGAAGACAGCACAAGCUUAUGCAGAUUUGAUGGUAACACCUUGAAAAUCACUCAUGUGGUAAAUCUUGGAAGCAACCAGUAUCUCUUCUCAGCAGUGAUGGAUCCCAAAGAAAUGCCUUGCUUCUGUUUGCGGCAUGAUAUUGAUGCUCUUCUCUGGCAGCCACGAUCUGACCAACCAGACAGUAUGUGGGAGCACAUUGCAACUUUCAAUGCUUUAGGUUAUGUCCAAGCAUCAAAGCAAGACAAGAAAUUCACCGCUUGUCCUCCAAAUUAUUCCUAUGCUGCUAUUUGUGAGUGCCUGCGUCGAGUGUUCAUCUAUCGACAGCCCACUCCUCUAUCCACUGUUCUCUACAACAGGAAGGAGGGAAGACAAGUAGGGCAGGUUGCUAAGCAGCUGGUAGCAACCCUGGAAGCCAGUGAUCCUAUCUUGGGCUUUCAAGCUACAAAUGAGAGAUUAUUUGUUCUCACAACAAAAUCCUUGUUUUUAAUAAAGGUAAACACUGAAAAUUAAUUAUCCAAUAUGUCAUGUUGACUUGGAUGUAUUCACAAUUGGUCUGAGAAAUGAUGAGAUAUUAGCUAAAGUUCAUUCACAUACUACUGAAGUUGAAGUGAAAUAUCAUAUGUAGUCUGUUUAAUUUUUGAAAGGACAACCAAAAUAUGUUCACUGGACCUUGUCUCUGUGCCCAGUUGGAUAAAGCUUUUCAACUCCAUUGUCACUGAAGUUUGUGGGAACUUCCAAUUCUAUGGAAAAAUGCAAGAAAAGUGUCCGUGCUAGCAGCAUUUUAAUCAGUUACCAGAGUCAUGUGUGAAAUGAUCCAUCCAUGCAUUGCUUUUUUCAUAUAGUUUUUCCACCACACUUCUGCCAUUCAAGAAGAUCUUGAGUAUUCACUUAUUUCUAUUUUGUAUAAUUGCCACAGUUUCUCUCUCUGGGUAUUAUUCAGAUAAAUAAAACAAAGCCUUGUUUUAUUACAAGCUUAUAUAAACACAAGGCAAAGAUCACACUUUACCCAAAUAAUAGAUAUUUUACAGAGCCAUUUAAAUUAUUUUUGAAAAUUUUAGUCUCAAUUUAUGUUAAAUGUCUUUGCUUAGUAUUAGCAAAUCAUGGCUCAUUUGCUAAAUGAUGGUGUGUUGGGGCAUCUGCUUUUCUCAGGCAUAUUUUUUAUUCAGGUUGAAUAACCCCAUUAUAUACCAGUACAUGCAAUUGUAGUAAUCUGAGACACAUUUGUGCUUCCCAUUAAAUCUUCAAACAUUUUAAAAACUUAAAAACUAAAAUGGUUUUGGUAGUUUUCUCUUGGGGGCAGAGGAAGAGAGAAGAAAACAUUUGUCUGAUGAAAUUUAAAAUGGUACAGGUUGAAGUACAGUUGUGAGGUUCUAAGUUAGUAUAUCAGUUACUUCCACAUGAAAUCUGAUCCUUUACCACUAAAUCAUGGGCAUAUUACCUGGCAGUCAAACUUAACCUGAGAUACGAAACUCAAGCUGUGCUGCUUCUGCCUUAUACUUCAUCACCAUGAAUAUAGAUUCUGCAAUUAGGGUUUAAUUAACCAUUAUCUCAUAUUCCUAUAACUGUGCUGUAUAUGCUCAGCUUAUAGGAGUAAGGCUUAAGAAAGAGGUGCUGCUUUUACAUAGUGGCCUUGCUGACCAUAACAAUGUAAGGUUCUGUUUAACAAAUAUAUAUAUUUGUCAGAAGUUCGAUCUACAGAAUUUUUUAACAUCUUUAAAGAGACAUUGCCAACAUGGUUAAGAUGAAAAACUGGCUGCUCUCGAACUCCUCCUGAUUUAGAUUUUUGCUUAAGAUUCCUAAGUAAAGUAUCUCUUUCAGCUGAUACUUUUAAACUUCAUGAAAGAUAAAGUAAAAACAUGACUUCUAUAAACUGAACAGUGAAUUUGUGUUAUGUCGUCCUCCAUGUUGUUGCAUAUCUUUUUCUACAUUAUUUCAGAUUAUAGCAAAUAUUAGAAGGAAAUGUCUCAGCUUGGUAGGUAACAGACACUUCUAGGCAUCAACAAAGAGUCCUGUAGCACCUU